UCGGCGGCAGCGGCCCAGCGUGAGCACCUCCCUUCCUUCCCCCCGGGCGCUGGGUGUUGCUGUUGUUUUGCUGCCGCCGCAGGUCGACCGGGGUGGACGUGGAGGGAGGGGAGCAGGGAGGGGUGCGCCCUGCCGCAGGGCCGCUGCCAGGUGCACGCCUCUGCCUGACACACGGGCGGGGAGGAGGAGCUGGACCGGCAGGUUUGUCGGUGGGGCGGCCCCGCUCCCCCCCUCCCCUCCCCUUCCCUCUCCUCCCCGGGCUGCUGGGGAUAAUUAGUGUCUGUGCGAGGCUGUCUGCCCCCGGGAGGCAGGGCGGGCGCCCAGUCAGUGCGUGCCCGGCUGUUUGUGAGCGGUGACUCGCCCCGGCCCCUCGGCGGAGCCUCCACCCCGCGGGCGGGGACCCGCCCGGCCGCGCUCCCUGCCGUGACCCUCCCACCGCCACUCACCCCGCCGGCCCGGGGAGCCUGGCAGGGCGAGCGGCGCCGGCGUCAUGUGACAGCGCGGCCCGGUGCCAGGAGCCCGGGGGGAAGGCGAGCGGGCGGAGGGCGGGAGCGGGCAGCUCCUCCUCGCACACAGACCCGGAGACACCGCGGAGGCUCCUUAGCCGCGGGGACGCGGGACACGCCGGCCUCGCGCCUCGGUCCCACCGGAGCGCCCCCGCUGCCCACCGCGACCCCCGGCGCUGCGGGAGCCGACGGAAAAUCGCGGCGCGCUCCGCACCGCCUGCCGAGCAAAUCCAGAUAAAAGGAAGUAUUUGGCUACGCCGUUUUGCAGGACAGAACCUCAGAGGCAUCAGGACAGGUGAAUAAAAAAGAUGCUAAUGUUUGACCCAGUCCCUAUCAAGCAAGAAGCCAUGGAGCCUGUUUCAGUGUCAUACCCAUCCAAUUACAUGGACCAAAUGAAGCCAAACAAAUACGGCGUCAUUUAUUCUACACCAAGUAUGUUGCACAAUAAAUUCUACUCCAGCCCUGAAGGACUAUCAAAUGGGAUCCAGAUGGAGCCAGUAGACCUUACCGUAAAUAAACGGAGCUCGCCACCUUCAACUGGAAGUUCUCCUUCCCCACUAAAAUUUCAGACUGUGCACAGGAGAAGUUCACCUGGAUUGACUCUGUCCUCCCCCAGCUCACCUCUCAGUAAAUUCACACCGUCACCCCCAGGAGUGCAGCCUCUUUCCAUGCCAAUAACAAUCCCUCCUGUAAUGGCCGCUGCUCUUUCACGCCAUGGACUCAGAAGCCCUGGGAUACUCCCGGUUAUUCAGCCUGUUGUGGUCCAGCCAGUUCCUUUCAUGUAUGCUCCCCAUCUCCAGCAGCCCAUCAUGGUGUCCACAGUUCUCCCAGAUGAGAUGGAAACUCCAAGUAGCAUGCAAGUGCCUGUCAUUGAGUCUUAUGAGAAGCCCACACUGAAGAAAACAAUCAAAGUAGAGCCAGGAAGUGAACCAUCAAAGACUGACUUCUAUCCUGAACAAAUGUCACCUCCAAUGAUGACCUCAUUGUCUCCUCAGCAAGUAAUGUUGCAAGAGAAUCACCCUUCAGUUAUAGUUCAGCCAGGAAAGAGACCUUUACCUGUGGAAUCCCCAGACACACAACGAAAACGCAGAAUACAUCGAUGUGAUUAUGAAGGCUGCAACAAAGUCUACACUAAAAGCUCCCACCUGAAAGCUCACCGAAGAACCCAUACAGGAGAAAAACCUUACAAAUGCACUUGGGAGGGGUGCACGUGGAAGUUUGCUCGUUCUGAUGAACUGACGCGGCAUUUCCGCAAGCACACAGGAAUCAAACCCUUCCAGUGUCCAGACUGUGACCGCAGCUUUUCACGCUCAGACCAUCUCGCUCUUCACAGGAAACGCCACAUGCUAGUCUGAAUGUCUUCUCUCCCUGACUCCUGCCACACUUUUUUGUUUUUUACACAUGCAUUUUAAUUUGGAUUCAGCUGGUCUGGAUCUCUGAGUUUGUACCAUUAAAAGCUUACGUAUGGUCAGUAACAGAUGUUAUCUAACCCUUCUAUGUCCUUGCCACGGGUCAGACCUAAAGAAUGUGAACACUUCUUUUUUUUCUUCUGGGGAUGCUAAGCAAACCCUUUCUGCAUUCAGUAUGUUCAUUGUAUUUCAUUUGUGAAUAAGGGAAUUUUUAAACUAACAGCUUUUGUUGGUUUCUUCAUAUAAUCAACCCAGCAUAUACUGAUAAAAUAGUAAAUGUUAUUGA